AUGGGGAAACACAACGUUACAGUGGUGACUGAAUUUGUCCUGAUGGGCAUCACUGACCGCCCUGAGCUUCAAGCCCCAUUGUUUGGACUCUUCCUCAUCAUCUAUCUGAUCUCACUGAUGGGAAACUUGGGCAUGAUCAUCCUCACCACAGUGGACUCCAGGCUGCAAACCCCUAUGUACUUUUUCCUCAAACAUCUGGCUAUUACAGAUCUUGGUUAUUCUACAUCCGUGGGACCCAAAAUGUUAGUAAAUUUUGUUGUGAACCAAAAUACAAUAUCAUUUAAACUUUGUGCCACACAGCUUUCUUUCUUUCUUGUGUUCAUUGUUAGUGAGCUUUUUAUUCUGUCUGCAAUGUCCUAUGACCGGUACGUGGCCAUCUGUAAGCCUUUGCUCUACACUGUCAUCAUGUCACAAAGGUUAUGUUGGGUACUAGUGGCAAUUCCUUAUCUCUAUUGCACAUUUGUUUCUCUUCUAGUCACAAUUAAGAUUUUCACUUUGUCUUUCUGUGGCUCCGAUGUCAUCAGUCAUUUCUACUGUGACAGUCUCCCCUUGUUGCCUCUGUUGUGUUCAGAUACACAUGAAGUUGAACUGAUAAUUCUAAUCUUGGCAGCCUUUGAUUUGAUUUCUUCUCUUCUUGUUGUCCUUGUGUCUUACUUGCUCAUCCUUAUAGCUAUUCUGAGGAUGAACUCUGCUGAGGGCAGGCGGAAGGCUUUCUCCACCUGUGGGUCCCACCUGACAGUAGUCAUUGUCUUCUAUGGGACUUUGAUAUUCAUGUAUGUCCAGCCUAAUUCUAGUCACUCCUUUGAAAGUGAUAAAGUGGCUUCCAUAUUCUAUACCCUGGUAAUCCCCAUGUUGAAUCCUUUGAUCUACAGUUUAAGAAACAAAGAUGUAAAAUUUGCUCUGAAAAGGACAUUGAAUAAUUUGUGUAAAUUAUUUUCUUUGGCUUUUCAUAAAAUAUAA